UCUUCGUUUUACCCUUUGCAUUAUAGAGAUCUGGAAAUCGAUCUCGGAGGUCGGAAUCCAUGGCCGACCACCACCACCACCAUCAGAGGCCUCACCGUCUCUCAAUUCCGCCGCGCGCCGCCUCCGCCUCUCGGCCGUCUUUCCCUCUCUUUCCCUACUCGUCUUCAACUCCGACCCCCACUCCCUCCAAGAGCCGCCUCUAUCCCAAAUCCUCCCACAAGACCUCCAUUUCUUUCCUCUUUCUGCUUCUUUUUUCACUCCGUUCACUCUAUUCGCUCCUCCCCUUCCUCCGCUCUUCCCCUUCGUUCUCCCUUUUCCCCUUCUCUUUCUUGGUCUCUCUCCUCUCCUUUCUUCUCACCCUCUCCUUCUCUCUCUUCGCCAAUUCUUCUUCCUCCAGCUUCCAAUUUCACAGUUCCAAGCAGAACCGAGCCGUUUUCUCUCUUUCUUCGAUUUCGCAUGCGCAGCUUAAAACAUUGCUCGCCAAGUCAAUUCUGCUCGCCGUGGUCUUCCUUCUUCGGUUUCAAGCGCUGUUGUACUGUGGUACGGCGGCGUUGAUUCUCGCUGAGCUGUCUGGGAAUGUGGCGGCUCGAUUCUUGGCGGAGGGGCGGAAUCAGAUGGCCAUCGGUGAUCGGGCUCGAAGUCGGUCUUCUGAGGUUCGUGGAUUUUUCUCCCUGUUUCUUGGCUUGUUUUUGUUGUCUGUCAGUUGGGACAGAAUUGAUUGCUUCCCCUUUGCAACUUCAUUCAUUGAUAAAUAUGGAUUUUCUGUGCUUCCAAGAGAGAAUUGUAUGAGGGUUUGGCCGAUGUUGCUUCCGUUUCUAUCUGGUUUCUUGGGUUGUUACGAGAGGAUUUCGAUGAACUGGGGGACUGUUAAGCAAUUGGGUCAGAAACGAGUUAGAUUGAUUUCACUGUUCUUCACGACGAUUAUCCUUUUUGUUCCUGCUAUUAUUAGUAUGCUUAUGUUUGAAGCGGAGGGAAAGAGUGUUUCCUUUGGAAAUCUGGCAUGGCCUCUUGCAAACACUGUAGUUUUUGGAGUACUUUUGAAUGAAAAUUACAGUGAUGACAAACUAAUCAGUUCAAACGAUUUUAGGAGUGAAUUUCUCGUCACUUUUGUUUGUACUCUUGUUCUGGAGUUGCUGUAUUUUCCUGAGCUCUCUCUGUGGGGAUUGUUGUUCUGUGGAUUACUACUGUUUGUGGCUGUAAGAGACUUAGAUCCUGUUUACCUGAACUAUCUUGAGCUUGGGGUAGAGUCAUCAGAUUCGAUUACCACAAUGGUUAUGAGACCUAUUCAUCACAUUCUGAGUGAGCGGAAAUCCCGGAAGAUUGCGCUUUUCCUCUUGAUCAACACUGGGUAUAUGGUUGUUGAAUUUGUUUCUGGUUUUAUGAGCAAUAGUCUUGGGCUGAUUUCAGAUGCAUGCCAUAUGUUGUUUGAUUGUGCUGCUUUGGCUAUUGGACUGUAUGCUUCUUAUAUUUCUCGUUUGCCUGCGAACAACCAAUUCAACUAUGGACGGGGGAGAUUUGAGAUUCUUUCUGGAUAUGCUAAUGCUGUUUUCCUGGUUUUGGUCGGGGCGCUCAUUGUAUUGGAGUCGUUUGAGCGAAUCUUGGAGCCGCAGGAGAUAUCGACUAACAGCUUAUUAACGGUUUCGAUCGGAGGGCUGGUUGUGAAUGUGGUUGGUUUGAUAUUCUUUCAUGAAGAGCAUCAUCAUGCCCAUGGUGGAUCGGGAUCAUGCUCACACUCUCAUUCUCACUCUCACUCUCAUGUCAAGCAUGACCAUGGAAGCUGUGGGAAGCAUGAGAAUGUUGUCUCUAUUACAAAAGAUUGCCAUGAAAGUUCAAUUUCUGUUCAUACUGGCCAUCAUGAACAUGACAAUCCUACUUGCAGCGACCAUGUUGAUGUUUCUAGCGAGGGUCACCUCAGUAACUGCCAUGACCGUGAUCAUCAUCACCAUCACGACCACACCGAUCAUCAUGACCAUGCUCAGCAUCAUGGCCACAAGCAUGAUCACCAUCACGAUCAUCACGACGAGCACUCUCACCAUCAUGAUCACCACCAUCAUCAUGGCGAAUCUUGCAAGCAUGACCACCAUGACCAUGCUCAUCGACAUGACUCAGACGGUCAUCUUUCUCAUGCUGAAGCCGAUGUGCCCAAAAUUGUUUCUCAUAGUUCUUUAGAAAGUUCACACAGCCACCCUUCAAGGCAGCCUGUUGAGGGGACGGCCCGACAGAAGCACCACCAUCACCACAUUGACCACAACAUGGAAGGGAUAUUUUUACAUGUUCUGGCCGACACCAUGGGGAGUGUCGGCGUCGUUAUAUCGACCCUUUUGAUCAAGUACAAGGGAUGGCUAGCUGCCGAUCCAGCCUGUUCCAUAUUUAUUUCUAUAAUGAUCAUAUCUUCAGUUAUUCCAUUACUUAGAAACUCUGCAGAAAUCUUGCUUCAAAGAGUUCCUAGGGCACACGAGCAGGAUCUGAAGGAGGCUAUGAACCACAUUAUGGAGAUACGAGGAGUCCAUGGCAUUCAGAACCUGCACAUUUGGAGUUUCACCAACACCGACGUCGUGGGAACUCUCCGGCUUCAUGUUUCAACAGAAUCUGACAAGGCUUCUAUAAAGGCUAAGGUUGAACACAUACUUCAUGAUGCUGGAAUCAAUGACUUGACGAUGCAGCUGGAAUACAACCGGUAAUUAUCUCAACAAUCCUCUUUCUAA